AUGUCGCCGGUGCUGGGUAUGCUGCUGCUGAUAGCGUGCAGGGCGGACGGGAUGGGCGAGGAGGACGGGAAGACAGUCGUCCUGCCUUCCUCGUCGCAUUCGAACCACCAGAGGGAGCUUCUCAAGGAUCACAGGACGCGGCUGCACCGGCGGAUUGAAGGGAGGAGGGCGGUGGGGGUUGCCAAGUUUGAGGUUGGAGGCGAGCUUCGGAGGCAGGAGGAUCGCAAGGGAGGCGUCCUCUCCUCGUUCGUAUCCCAUCCGUCUCAGAUCCUUGAUCAGCGGUGCUGGUAUGGCAGGCCUGCUGCUUGUUGUGAACGGCUGCAGCGGAAACCACCUGUUAUAGCGCGUCCCCCUGUGCUGCGACAGUCCAUCUUGAAGAGAUUCAAGUUGUGUGCUCGAAGAGGAUCAGAGGGCAUGAAAGACGGCGACCUGGAUGAUGUGUUAGAGGCGUUCGCUGUUGACAUCGAUGUGGGCAAAGGAGCACAGAAUCAAGAAGGUGGCAGGAGUACCAGGCCCACGCGUGAGUUGAUGAACAAGAUUUCGUCGAAGACUUUCGAUGUGGAUGAGUUGAGUGAGGAAGAAAUUGAAAUGCUGGCAAGUGAAGAGGAGGAGAGACUGAACAGAUUGAUUGAGAAUAAGCCGCCCCCGAUUCAAGAAACGAAGCAAGAUUUCAAGAAGAAUGUCAGGCGUUUUGAAGGGCAAUCAGUCGUUGUUGAUGACAUGUCCAUGGGUUCUGAGACCGAUAUCUUUGCGCAAGCCAACUCUGAAGAAAUGGAGGCGAUCUGGAAUGCCAUCCAAUCAGCGGUUAAGCAGGAGGAGGAGGAGGAGGAGGAGGAACAAGGAAUCGAAGAGGAGGAGCCAUACGUAGUCGAAGAUGUCGAUGCUGAUUUGAAAUAUUCCAGCGGGGAUUUGGAUGCGGGAGACUUUAUGAAAUUACUUGAAGACGACCUUGACCAGUUGCAAGAUGUCGAAACAGACGUCAUUGACGUGAGCAGUCAAACAAUCAGCCCUUCGACGACAGAUGGGCCUGAGAAGAAGAUGGCAGAACAAGAUGGUCCAUUCCUUCGAGGGAAUGAGAAGUUCUCGACCGACGUGAAUCUGCGAAAAUUUGACGAAUCAAUGGAAGAGGAGAACUUUGCGCAAGAUUUCGAUUUUGAAUCGAUGAAGGCUCUCGUGUCAGGCAAGCAGUCUCCUCCUGAUGUAGAAGAAUCAGAUGCAGACGAGUCAGAGGAGCCUGAUGGGACGACUGAAUUCAUAGACACCGGGGAUAUCCGAGACUCCUCCUUGGAUCAAACCAUCGUUCCCCGAGCCGACGGAGGGCCUCAGAUCAUCUCUGAGAACGAGUACGAGAUAGAGAUUCAGAACGCAUUCUUCCGACGGAAGAUUCAAAAGUGGAAGAACAAGACAAUGGCGGACGAGAUGAGCAUGAAAUACUGGGGUCGAAAAGCUCCGGACUUCGUUCCUGCUGACCCAAUGUCUCUAUAUGACGGUGACAUGUCCGCCGACGAGGCGAUAGGAAAUCUGACGGAGGCUAGAGACUUGGCCAUGGCCGCCAUGGAGCAGUACGCAAACGACAGUUUCCUUUUCACAAACUUCAUACAAGGGAUGUACAAUCUUCCGCCCCUGAUCGAGAUUGAGAUCACGGACAUGGCGAAAUAUGAAAACCUGACUCAGGAAAUGAAGAAAGCGAUUGAUAACAUGGAGUUUGAUCGCGCCUUAGAGAUUGAGGAGCAGAUGAACGGAAUGAAAUAUCGAGAAGUCCCUGAUUGGGAUCAGGAUAAGGAAGACAUGAAAUGGUUCGAAGAGGGCGUUCAGAGGAAGAAAGGAUUGAAAUGGGACACAGAUGAAGAUUUCGUGGAGAUCGUGGACAGGGAGCUAGAGGACCUUCUUGAGAAGAUGGACAAGUUGGGGGAGUACUUCAACCCUGAGACGUAUCAGAUUGAGCAGGCUCGCAUACCAUUCUCCGCAACCCCUGGUGCUCGCUUCGACCCCAAACUUGUGGGGAAGGGAAUCGUCCUCUCCAACGACGGCAGGACAGCUACCCGCAUGGAAGCAGGCAGGCCAUCGUUCGCCCUCUUCUCUGCGGGCCAGGGGGGAGCGAAGGAGCCGGUGACAAGGUGGAGGAUCAGGUGUGACAGGUCGAUCAGCAACAUCUUUGUCGGGGUUUUGAAGAUCCCCUUCGCCCCUACUGAGGGGGUUGCUUCUCUGUUGGCUACCCCAGCAUGGUUCAUCAACUCGGUGGGACUAGCGUAUAGAAUGGGCCCCUCACAAAAGGAGGACGAGUACGAGGUCAUCGACAAGGAGAACAUGACGUUCCGCGAUGAGAGCACGAGGGUGUGGGAGGAAGGGUUCAGGUUCAACCCUUCUUACAGGAAGGAAGGGUGCGAGAUGAUUGUCGAUCCACUGACUGGAGAUAUCUCCUGGUUUGAGGCGGAUGAAGUGACCAAGUUGGCGGAGGCCGGGGCCGGCGAUGAAGGGAUCGCUGACUGGGCGGAGCUGCAGGCCACCUGGCUGCUGACCACCUAUGGUCGAGAGAAGGUGGAGGUGGAUCUCUUCCGAUGGCUGCAGAUCGAGAAGAGGAGGAUGAAGAACGAGACUUGGAUCGACACAUUUAAUCGAUCCGUUGACGACGGAUUUUGGGAUGUCCUGGUCAAAGAGGUUCCUGAGCCGGAUUAUGAGGCACUUGGGUACAAGAACUACACAGCCGAAGAGAAAGAACUGUUCCGCCGUGAAAUACUCGCAAACCUUGACAUCCUCAAGUUCGGAGAUCUCUGCCACAUGGAGCUGCUGACUGAUGGAAAACCAGCUGAAGUAAGGAUGGAGUUCAACAGGGCAGAGAGGACUCUUCACUUUCGAAUAGACAACCGGCCUGACUCUUUCCUCUUCCGCAACGUGGAUGCUGAUGCUGUUCCUUUCAUCAACCUGUUCGCAUGCGGUGACGGCGUCACUUUGCUCGAAGAUUGA